ACUGUUUUAUGGGCUAUUUUUGUCCCAAUAAACAAAGCCGAGCGCGCAGCCUACCCCCAAUUCUUCAUCCUCCGUCAAUCCGUUGAAUACCAGCGAAUCAGGAAACAGAAAAAGGUUUGUCAUUCCUAUCUGAUCGCCUCUGUUCUUGGAAACUUAGUGGUGGCCUCAUUUGGAGUUCAUUGUGGUAGCUGGUUUGAUCGGGUGUGAGUUCGUCUAAAGUUGGGUGCUUCGGCUGAGGUUUUUGAUCAUCGUGUUGGGGUAUUUGUUGGGAUGUGAAUUGCUUUCUACGAUUUAUGUUAGAUGGGUUCAGAUCGUGUAUCAAUUCUUGAAAUUGGCGAUCUGAAGGUGGAAGAAGCUGUUUGGCGUAAUUGCGAGAGAGCGAAGUUUUGUGCGGGAACGGCAUGGCAGCAGAAGAUGUUGAUCUGUCAAGUUUGGAAUCUCAGAUAACGGAAACUAAUGAGACAUGGAUGCAAGAAAUGGAACGGCACCAAUGCCAAGUUGAUACAUUGCAGGAAAAGCUUAAAGAGGUAAAGGCUUCUGUACAGGGGUCCGAGGAAGAUGCCAACAAAGAGUUGAAUGUUCUCUGGCGAAGAGUGAAAACCACUGCAACAUUACUGGCUUACUUGAAAUCAAAGGCAAGAGUCAUGUCCCUUACAGGUCUUGCUCCGACAUCAUGUGGCAUCAAAGAAUUAGGUGUUGGGCUCGUUAACAAGGAUGGUGUAUCUCUCUCAAGUUGGUCUAAUGAUGUUGACCUAUCAUCCUUGGUUAUUACAGAUGAAGAAGAAAGUUUAUGUAGACUCAGUAUCCGGCAAGGAAACUGUGAUGAAAAAGAUGAAGCUUAUAUUAGGGAAAUGGUGAAGUCCAUAGAGAUGGUAACUGGUGUAAUGGAAACUCUUGUUAAAAGGGUUAUAUUUGCAGAAUUAGAAACUGCAAUGGAGAAAGAGAAAGUGUCCAUAGGCCAGGAAGAAAUUAGGAAGAAGGCAGUUCAAAUUGAUGACAUGUCUUCAAAACUGGAAAAGAUGGAAGAUUUUGCUUUUGGGACGAAAGCUAUUCUGGAGGACAUGCAGCAGAGGAUAGAGAAUUUGGUUGAUGAGAUAUCUAGACAGACGCAGCGAGCUGAAGAAAAUGAACAGGAGCUUUCUCGGGUGAAAAGGGACUUUGAGUCCCUGAAAUCUUAUGUCAGCAGUCUCAUGAGCGUGAGGGAGACACUUCUGUCUUCGGAGCAGCAAUUUCAGACAAUAGAGAGGCUUUUCGAAAGUAGAUUGGUUGCCAAGACAACACAAUUAGAGGGUGAGAAAAUGCAGAAGGAAACUGAAGUUCAGAAACUGAUGGAUGAAAACGUGAAGCUGACAGCUCUACUGGACAAGAAAGAGGCUCAGUUGCUGGCCAUGAACGAACAAUGCAAGGUAAUGGCCCUCGGCUUCCCAAAUGUAUAAACGGACUGUGGUUUAUCUCAUUCGUAACUCUGGGGCACCUCUCCUAAACCACGGUCGCUGCUUGCUCCCGACUGGACUGCCAAACAAACCCUGAGAAUUCAGUAGUUGAGUGACGGUGGUUGCUGGAUGCGGAUAACAGAUCUGCCUCCUCCUCGCACAUAUGUAACAUUGUCGAGAGCUCACUGAACUUCUGUACUGCCCAUUCUUGUGCCGCAGCAAAAGGUGGACUAAAAAAUGGAAGGUAGCAAAAAAAAAAAAAAAAACAAAACCAAACCAAACGCUAAAUGGUGUGUAAGGUCUCCAUACUUGAUUGUGAGUCUGAUAUUAAGUCGAAUGUUUGAUGAGUUUGACGCUUAUUUUACGGCAGAGCUAUUGUUGCGUUUCUCUUCAA